UGGAAGACGGUAUUGUGGUCGUGUCUCGGGUAAAUAUUCAAGUAGCGGACGGAGCAGUGAUGUCUUCGGUUCAGUAUUUCAGAGACUAACAGCUGCUGCUGAAGAGAUAUUCAUAGUCUUUAAAAAACAUCGUCCAGUACGAAGAAGAGGUGGAUCGUCAGCGCAGACUGCUGGAGAGCGGUUCUCCACCUGACAUGGAAGCACACAGGAUCGAGCUCCCACAGCAGCAUGUCUGUAAGGAGGAGGAGGUUCUCACUGACCAGCAGCUCUGUCCCCAGGAGAGGAACUCCAGUCUGGACCAAGAGGAACAAGAACCUCCACAGACAAAAGAGGAACAGGAGGAAAUGUGCACCAGUCAGGAGGGAGAGCAGCUCGUACUGAAGCAGGAGACUGAAACCUGCAUGUUGACUCCUCAUGGUGAGGAAAGUGACCACAGAGAACCAGACGGUGAGCACCAGCUCCUCUCUCACAACUCUCCUGUAGCUGAGAGCCAAGAUCAGAACAGAAGAAAACAUGUGGAUUCAGGAUCAACAGGAAAUGAAGAACCAAACCCACAGAAGAAUUUUCAUGAAAACAGGAGUCACAGUAGCAAUGUGGACAACUCUCCCAAAUCAGAGAUUAAUUGUAAUACUCACACAGGUAAAAAGUCUUUCAAAUGUGACACUUGCGGUAAAACUUUUACACGUUGGCCUUAUUUGAAGAUUCACCUGAGAACUCACACAGGUGAGAAGCUAUUUCAGUGCAAAAUAUGUCAGAAACGUUUUUUGAGAAGUGGUGAUUUGAAAGUCCACAUGAGAAUUCACACUGGUGAGAAGCCAUAUUCUUGCCAAUCAUGUGGUAAAUGUUUUUCAACUAGUAGUACUUUCAAGGUCCACAUGAGGAGUCACGCUGGUGAGAAGCCAUAUUCGUGCAAAAUAUGUCAGAAAGGUUUUACAAAGGGUUGUAAUUUGAAGGUUCAUAUGAGAAUUCACACUGGUGAGAAGCCAUAUUCUUGCCAAACAUGUGGUAAAUGUUUUGUUACUACAGGUAAUUUGAAAUCCCACAUGAGGAGUCACACAGGUGAGAAGCCAUUUUUGUGCAAAAUAUGUCAGAAAAUGUUUAGACAUAGUGGUCAUAUGAAUUUCCACAUGAGGAGCCACAGGUGAGAAGCUAUUUUCUUGCCAAAGAUGUGGGGAAGGUUUUUCACAUUGUGAUGCAUUGAAUGUU